AUGGCCUAUAAUUUAGCAAAGCGCCCACGAUUACAAAGUCGAUCGCCAUCCCCGUCGGGGUCUGAUUCUGACACCGCUCGCUUGAGUUCUGCUGUGCGUCGUUGCAAGGACAGAGAUGGCAGCCGCUGUGUUAUAACGAAGGCCUUCAACCCAAUCGAUGUCGCGCACAUUUAUCCUUAUUCCAUGCACAACACCACACAACGAACAACCAUCGACGGAUUCUGGCGUCUCUUGUCCUUUUUCUGGACGGAGGAGCGUGUCAACUCGUGGUUUGACUCUGUCUUUCCAAGAGAAACAGAGGUCGUGGAAAACCUUUUAUGCCUCGCGCCGCAAAUGCAUAGAUACCAUGGCGCCGCACUUUUUGCCUUGAAACCGAUCAGUUUGACUGAAGGCAAGGAGCGUUUGACAGUCAAGUUCUACUGGCUCACGAGCCACCAAAAUUCCGAUUCAGUUGACACAUCUACAGCCCCAACUCUGCCAUCCAACCUCACCAGGCGAGGCGACAUGCAUAAGGCAUGGAAUGUCGUUACGGAAAAGAAGAUUGCCUCGGGGGAUGAGAUCGUCUUCGAGACAAGCGACCCAGAGAAACUACCGUUGCCCGACUAGAACAUCCUGGACAUGCAAUGGGCCUUGCAGCGUGUUGUAGCA